UCGCCUCGCCGCGCCUUCGUCUCCUCGCCUCUUCGCCACCGUCGUUCUCUACGAUCGUACCGAUGGAGCCUGAUGUAGGGUAGCAGAUAGCUCACUCAAGCCCAAGCCCACCAAAUGAAACCCACUCAAACUUCAAGCCCACAUUACAUAUUUGUCUGCCAUUUGCCGUCUGCCGUCUGCCGUUCGCAAUCGCAAUUCGUUCGGAAUCGUUGGCACAAUAGCGUCGGCGCAGGCGGUCCGGUCGCACAGCGCUCCAACCACCAACCACGAUGUCUAAUUUAUCCAAUCUAGAAUGAAAGGAUGACAAAAAUCUUUUCAUCUAGAUAUUGUACGUGCACGACAUAAAUUGCAUUGCCGAUGAAUAACCAAAAAGCUGAGCAUGCAUAGGAUUUCGAAUAGAAGAUGGUUGUGGCAGAAAAAUGAUAAUAGUGCUACCACUUCAAUUCAAGAAACGGCGGCGAAACGUAAAUGGGAAUUGCCGAAACUUUACAACAAUAAUUGGACACAUAUCGCCAGAGAGAAAAGACUCUUCUCGCUGUUCACAUUGGUGAAGUUCGACAAUAGCAUUUGCGGUGGAUUAAAUGGAGAGAACGGCACAUGCGUCGCGGCGGCGGAAUGCAUGCAACGUGGUGGUACCUCCAGCGGUGUCUGUGCAAAUGGUUAUGGAGUGUGUUGCAUAGUCACUGUGUCUUGUGGUGGAUUGACUGCUGACAACAAUACAUACUUUGUCAAUCCAAAUUAUCCGUCUACUUUUGACGGUAUGGAAUCAUGUCAAGUGACACUAGUAAAGUCGCAUCCAGAUGUAUGCCAAUAUCGAUUAGACUUUGAACAAUUUAAUAUUAGGGGGCCGGAAACGACGAAUAAUGUCUGCACUUACGAUCAAUUUAUCGUUUCUGGUGGCAAUCCAGUACCAACGAUAUGCGGUAACAAUAACGGAAAUCAUAUGUACAUAGAUACGGGUGUCGGACAAACUAAUCCGGUAACUUUGACUUUUGUCACGAGUGGCAGUUCAUUUCCACGAUCAUGGAAGGUUCGCAUCUCGCAGAUACAAUGCAGUACGAUAUACCGAGCCGAAGAGGGUUGUCUCCAGUAUUUCACAGGAGUUUCUGGUCAAGUAAAAUCCUUUAAUUACGAUCCGAUGACCGGAUUGCAGUUGUCGAAUCAAGAUUACAGUAUAUGCAUCAGAAUGGAGAGAAACUUUUGCGGAAUUCAAUACAUGGCGUGUACUGACGACGCUCAAGGGAUGAUGUCUACCACGGCAGGCGCAGCGGGUCAAAUAAUGCGUAACAAUGCAUUUACGCUGACUGGAAAUACACAAAACACGCAAAUAGUAUCAAUGACAGGAGCAUCUUGUUUGACCGAUUGGUUAUCGAUACCGUGCGCUAUCAAUUUGGGCCGGAUGCCCAUGAUGCCGUCGAUAUGCGCUGAUCGAUUAUGUGGCGGUACCUUCAAUUCGGAACCUCAGAAUCUGAAUUCAUCAUCUGUUAUUAGUACUGUAAAGCCGUUCCGAUUAAUUUUUCACACGGACAGUACCGAGGCACCAGGCGAUAUUGGAAAUAAAGGUUUCUGCCUUAAUUAUGUGCAACAGCCAUGUACAACAAAAUUAAAAUAAGGAUCAUGAUAAAAUUGAAGGACUGAAACACAAGUUUGCGGAAUAUCAAUUUUUAUUUUAAAAUUUGUAACACAUUUUUUUGUAGCUGUGUUGAUUUAUGAAGAAUUAGCUUAAAUAAGAAAAAAGAACUUGAUAGCUUAAUUCUUAGUUUUAUGUAAAGAAGUGACGUCAUAAAUCAACAAAAAUACACACACAC